AUGAGUGACGUCAGCAGGUGGCAAUCAGCGGCAGCGACAGGCAAACCUGGUCGUCGGGCGCCUGGCAGCGCGCCUGCUGUCGCCGCUGCGUCCCCCUUCGAUCUCCCCUCUUCCGCCACUCCUCCGCUCGCCUCCUUGCGCCCAGUACCGCCGCAGGUCCCUCUCGCCCCGCGCGCUCCCCACCAUCCCGCCGCAGAUAAGCCGCUGGCUUCCGCUCAUCCCACGCGCUCCCUGUCAUCGUCGCAGCCGCACAGCAAAGCCCGCCGUCUGCCCUUCCGCUUCCCCGCGCGCGCCGUGUCCCCCAAGGCGCGCGCGCUCUGCCACUACGCCGCGCUCACGGUCGCCGCGGCCCUCUUUCUCGUCGUGUGGAUCGCCUUUCAGCCCGACGCGCCCCCCCUGCCCGACCGCCGUGACCCCAAUGGGAGGGCCGUCCCCCACCGCUCGCAUGAAGCGCUACGAGGCUGCCCGGUGUGCGGCCGCGGCGAGGUCAAGCUGCCGCCGUUGGUGCGCCCGCUGUCCGCGCGCGGCGCCAAGGUGCGCCUCUGCAUGGGCAGCGCCGCCGCGCCGUUCGCGCAGGGCACGUUCGUGAGCCCCGAGGAGAAGCGCGACGGGGCGAGCUUCGGCAGCCGGUUCGCGCAGCUGACGGUGUUCGAGGCGGAGGCGCUGCACGAGGCGGCGGAGGGCGCGGGGGAGGCGCGCGGAGGCGGCGGAAUUGCGGGGCGGCAGGGGCAGCGGGGAACGGCGGCGGUGACGACGUGGGUGCGGCUGCUGGCGUUUCUGGAGGACUCAGAGUCGAUCCGCAAGACGCAGUGGGAGGGGUGGGGCGCGGCGGAGCUGAGCGACGUGUACUGGCGGGGCGCGUUGCAGGUGAAGUGCCUGGUGUGGCCGGGGCACGACCCCGCCCUGCACAGCGUGGCGCCCGCCCUCGUGGUGGACGCCGUGGUGCGCCACCGCCACCCCUGGCACAUCGCCCUUGAGUGCCCCCUCCCGCCCUUCCCCUCCCCCUCCUCCGCCUCCUCCUCCUCGUCCCCCAUGGACCCUUCGGCGGACCCCUCGGCGGACGAUGCAGUGUUGGUGCGAGUGAGGGCGAGCAGGAGGGAGGCGAGGCGGCACUACGUGGAGUACGGGCAGCGCCUGCAGGUGCAGCUCGUGGCCGCCCUCAACGGCUCCAACCUGCGCAUGCCGCCCCUGCUGCUCUGCCGCGCUGACGGCGACGCCGACAGUGACAGCGACGGCAGUGACGGCCUCCCCGUCGCCCCGGGCAGCCACGCCCCGCCGUUCCCCUUCGCUGCGGUGGAGAGGGAGGUGGCUGCCGUGGCUAAUGCAGGCUCGGGAGGAGGCUCGGAACUGGCGAGGCUGAUGGGGGGAGAUGGGGGAGGAGGAGUGGGCGGGAAAGGGAGGAUGAAUGGAGCGGGGCGAGGGGAGGGCGCGGGGGCGGGUGGAGUGGAAAGAGGGAGUGCGGAGGAGAUGCAGAGGGGCAGCGCGGAGGAGAUGCUGGUGGACUAUGGGGAGGACGCCGCCACGGGCGAGCAGGGGGGCAGCGGCGCCGCAAAGGCCAGCAGCGGCAGCAGUGGGGGCGGCAGGAGGAGGGCGAUGGGGGCGGUGGCGAUCUGCCUGCGCCCCUUCCACACGCGGCAGCUCUUCUCGCAGGAUGUGGCCUUCUCACACGCGCGCCUGCUGGAGUGGAUCGACGCGGCGCUGCUCAUGGGUGUGGAGCGCAUCUACGUGUACGACCGCCACGCCACCGCCAUGGCUGCCCUGCUGGCGCCCUACAGCGAGCGCGGGCAGGUGCAGCACGUGCCCUUCCCCCCCUGGAGCGAGGUCUUCUUCCGCCACGCACUCUAUGCUGGCAAGGCCCGCGUGCCGUACCUGGUGAGUGCCGUACCUGGCUUCGAUAUUCUCCCUUGCGCCUCGCUUAGCCAUGCCUCUCUCGCCCCCAUGCCCCUCUCUCUCCCAUGCCCCCUGACGCUCACCCUUUUCCCUCUGUUGCACGCCUCUCCUUCUCGCCCCUCCCUUCCCCCCAUGCGCGGCCAGACCGUGCUGUGUUGCCUGGGAGUGCAUUACUCGGCUCACUCGUCUCCUCCCUCCCCAACCCCCCAUGCACCCGCAGGAUGCACACCCAAGCAAGGUGCCAGCCUGAUCCACCACUCUUCACUGCACCACAUCCUAUGUUCCCUUGCAUCCUUCUCUCGUCACUCUCCUCCCAUUUCUUCUCCCUCCACAUUUUCCUUCAACACGUCCUCCCCCGCGUUCCCGCCACCCCUCCCCCCUUCCACUCGCCCCGCCAUCAGCUCGGUGGCGAUCCACACCACCACGGCGCCGCCAGACUCGGUGGCAACGGCGCCGAGGGACGUGCUGCAUCUGAACCACUUCACAGCCACGGCCAUCGACCUCGCGCAGCACCCGUGCCGCUCCUGGGUGAAGCCCGUGCUGGACCGCGGCCUCACCUGGGUCACCCCGCGCGCCCUCAAGUGCCGCGCGCUGCCCUGUCGCCGCUCCACGCCCCUCGAGUGCUGGCCCUUCUGCAUCCUGCCGUGGCAGGGGGAGGACGACGGCAGGGGGCAUCGUGCUGGUGGGGGUGGAGGGGCAAGGGUGGCUAAAACGGAGAGUGUGGAGAGUGGGGAGGGAGAGAAGAGUAAGGAGCCUGUCGAAGAUACGAUGUAA